AUGGGUCUCACAGUGGAAGAAGAUUCCGAGAUGGCUUUUUUUGGUGCUAUCCAAAAAGGGGCUAUGUUGGACAGCGAGUCUGACACAGAGGAACUUUUUCCUGGAUUCCCAGUGCAUGUGUUGAAAGUUGCCCAUCCCAGCUGGAGAAGCAAUGAAUUCAACAAGUUUCUGGGCUUGAUUGAUGAAAGUAUGCAUUCCGAUCAUAAAGCAAAAGGGAAUGCAAAGCCAAGAAUGCCCAGGUUUUUGAGAGGGAAAAAAAAUGUUGCUGUACCAUGUCGACUGAUUUCGUCACUGUCUCCCUGA